AUGGGCGGGGGCGCAGGUCGUGGCCCCGCGGGCCCAGCUCAGCGGCGGGCGGCCAUGGAGCCGCAGGAGCAGUCGGGGCGGGCGGACGCCGCCGAGCCCGGGGCGAGCCCGGACGGGGCGUUCCAGGCCGUGGUGCAGCGGACGCAGGUGCUGCUGCUGGCCGGGGAGACGUGGGAGCCGGACCGCGCCCAGGCCGCGCUCAGCUCCUUCGCCCACGAGGUGCUGCCCGUGGCCCGCCGGCCGCCCAGCCCCGCGCCGCCCAGCGCGCCCCCGGCCGGGCAGCUCAUCUUCUUCCUGUGCCGCGCCCCGUCGCUGCGGGGCCGGGCCGAGCGGCUGCGGGAGGUGCUGCGGGGCGUGCGGGAGCAGAGCCGCGGCGCGCCCGCCGCCCUGGUGGGGGUGAUCGUGCAGCCCCGGCCCGAGGAGGAGGCGGAGGCCCGCCGCCGCCUGGAGGAGCUGCUCCUCGAGGUCUUCCAGCCGCCGGGGCCGGGCGCCGCGCCGCGGGUCGAGGUGCACACGGCCGUGUUCCGCCCCGGCCGGCCCGAGGGGGCCCUGGAGGUGAAGAAAGCCGCUUGCGAGGCCGUGCGGGAAGAGCCAGAAGACGCUGUUUGGGUUUCACGAGCCACCCUCUUCAAAGUCCUGGGGGCGCUCUGUGUGGCGUGCGCUGGUAUUAUCGGAAGCCAGUACAUGAACAUUCGCACCUGAGACGGUCCCAUCGGGCCUGCUCCCUGCCUACAGAUCCUCUGUCCACCUGGAUCUCACCUGUCAUCCAAAAUAAAAAACAUCAGCACCCGUUACUGUUUUGUGUUUGUGUUAAUACAGAACUCCAAAAUUACAGUUGUUGCAACAAGCUUCUGUUAUAAAGUCCUAUGUUAAUCCACCAAGAAUUUUGGCUUAGAAAAUUGAUUUGGUGUGAAAGUUACCAGAUUUGCUCUGAAGGCAAAGGAAAAAAUUUCUACAAAGUUUGAAGAAAAUGAAUCAAACAGUUUGAGUUACAGAUCAUUUAAAAAAAUACCCCAUGUGAAAGUUGGCACGUCUAACAUUUUCGUUGGGUCCCUCUAGCUCACAAAAAGAUUUGUUUGUUAUCCUUCAAAUUUUCAUAGAGUUAAA